AUGGCGCGUGCGCAAAAAUGGCCCACUGUGCUGCGCUGGGUGCGCCGCAUACUGUGCACGCAAGCCGGUUUUCUACCUGUGAGCGUUGCAAUAAUUGCGUUCGAGAUUGUACUCACUUCGCUCAUUGUCCGUCGCGUCGCGUACACCGAGAUCGAUUUCGCCACCUACGUUGCGCAAGCAAAGUUGUUUGUCGACGGCGAGCGCAAUUAUGCUCGACUGGACCCAGUGAAUGGAUCGGGUCCCUGUGUCUACCCAGCGGUGCACCUCUACAUGUAUGCUCCAUUUACGUUUAUGAGCAAAAGCGACGCGCUUUGGUACGGCCAGCGAGCGUUUGCAGUGUUGUAUUUCGUGACGCUUGUGCUAGUUCUUCGCCUGUACGCCUUUGCACGCGUACCCCCAUUUUACCUCUUAUUCCUUGUCCUAUCCAAGCGUCUGCACUCGAUCUACGUGCUACGCAUGUUUAACGAUCCGAUCGCGAUGGUUUUUGUAUACCUGUGCAUGUAUGCACUGUGCACGAAGCGAUGGCACUUGGCGUGUACUCUGUACAGUGUUGCACUGGGCGUGAAGAUGAACGUUUUGCUCUAUCUCCCUGCACUGUGUGUCAUCUUGUUCCGUGCGCUAGGUGCCGUGCGCACCGUCGCAUGCCUCGUCGGGAUCGUCGGUGGGCUGCAGGCGGUCCUCGGCGCGCCAUUUCUCGUGCACAAUGCGCCGGCAUACAUGGCUGGCGCGUUUGACUUUUCGCGUGCAUUCCUCUACAAGUGGACUGUCAACUGGCGUUUUCUUUCCGCGUCCGCGUUUUGCGCAUCGGGCACUGCGCGUGUUUUGCUCGCUUGCCAUGUCGCGGCCUUGUGCGUCUUUGGGCUGUACCGAUGGACCGGCAUUGGUAAGCAAGGUCCUGCAUGGAUCUGGGCGCGCUGGCGUGGUGACCCCGUGCCCAUGUCUGCCGAAGGUACGUACAUGCACCACUGA